AUGGCGGCGUCCAAGCAGUCGUCGGAUAAAAACAUCCCUGACUAUGAAUUCAUCGAUGCUAACACCAAACCGUUUCACAUCGGCUCUUUCAGAAACGAGUGGCUGAACCGACUGAAGCCGAGCGACUACUCGUACCAGGAGGAGGACGAGGACUCGUUUGACGCGCGCUUUGCGGAAGACAUGGGGAUCGAUGCGGAGACCAUGGCCGACCUGAAAUCCAUCUGCAGUCUUGACUCUCUCCGUUGCCAUCCUGAGGACCAGCAGCCCGAUGCAGACGUCGUGCCUCCAGAUCCAACGCUUAAAACACUUGUACAAAGAAAAAAGAGACAAGACGACAAAGCUUUUCUAAAAGUCACCAAGAAUAGACACGACCUCUACGCAGAUGAGCUGGAGCGUUUAACUGUCGGCAGGAAACCAGAUUCAGUGGCUGACGUGAUCCCGGAAGGAGAGAUCAUCCUAACCAUCAACGUCUACUACCCGGCCGUUAUUGAGAAAUUCAGCUACAUCCGACCCCACACUACUCUGCUGAUGACGGGCUCGCACAGCUUGGCAGAGCUCAGGGACGCCAUCUGCUGCGUCAGCGACUUGCAAGUGUGCGGAGAGUUCAGCAACACGCCGGACAUGGCUCCGGGCUUCAUCAGCAAAGAUCAUUUCAAGUCGGCUUUCUUUUUCUUCGAGGGAGUUUUCUACAACGACAUGCGGUUCCAGGAGUGCCAAGACAUUAGCAUGACUACCAUUGAAUGGACGAAGGCCCGCAAAUUCCCAUCCUACAGCCAGGCCAAGAUGGAGGACACCCGAUUUGUGGAUCUGACAGUGAAAGUGGGUUUCCCGUACCUCUACUGUCAUCAGGGAGACUGCGAACAUCUCGUCAUCAUCACAGACAUCAGGCUGGCCCAUAAGAACGACUGCCUGGACAAGAAGCUGUACCCACUCCUCACACACAAGCACAGGGUGGCCACGCAGAAGUGCGCCGUCUGCCACGUCUUCAUCGGAAGGUGGUUUACUACCAAUGACCAGUUUGCUCCGAGCGACCCGUGCCUCUUCUGUGACAAGUGCUUCCGGAUGCUGCACUACGACGCUCAAGGCAACAAGCUGGGAGACUUCCUGGCGUAUCCCUAUGUGGACCGUGGUGCAUUUAACUAAUGCGGUUCUUUGGUGAACUGAGCUCAGAUUUAUGCUGUAUAAUACAGUUUAUAUUUCAGAAAGAAAUGGUUUCAUGUUGAGGAAACUUAUAUUUUCUUUAAGAAGAAAAACUUUUGUUUGACUUUCAUGUUAAUAAACCCCAACGUUUACUAGAAAUUUAUAUUUAUUGGUCUGUAAAUAAAUGUAAUCAUCAGUCUCACCAAGGCUUAGUAAAGAGAUACCCGAGUUAUCAUUACAAGGCCGUGGAUCUUUAAUUAAUCUCACCCCGAGAACAGUUUUGGUUAUUUCUCUGGAACAUUAAACAUUUGUUAAUAAAAGCACAAAAAUCAAUGUUAAAAUUCCUCUUAAGUUAUAUUUUAAGAUUUUAGCAGUCAAAUUCUCAGUUACUCUGCUUCAUUAAGACUGUUUGGUGGUUGAAUGACAGCAGACAUCAGAUAAAACACCUGACAGGAAGAACACAAGUGUGCAGACCAGCAUGAGGCGCUCUGUUCCACCAUGAUCACGAUGUUUGAGAUGACUGAGAUUUCUGUACGAUCAGUGUGAAUAUUCAAAGACGAGGAGGACUGUACUGUAUGCACUACUUUAUUAUUGGAUGCUGAAACAGGUCAUCAGACAGCACAAAAAAUACUCUUAUUUACAUCUAUGUUAAAGACGACCAACGUUUAAAAACUUGAACAUGGUUGAGAAAACAAAAUAAACUUUGGCGAACUCCAGAAUCCCGUUUGUGCACCGAAAGUGAAAAUGCAUCUGGAAAAUGUUAAUGUGGCCAAUAUUGUUAGACUUUAGUAGACUAAAGGCUAGACCCUGAUCAAACUGUUGGUGCUGUAAAAGUCAAAAACUAUGUAAAUGCACAUGAAAUGUUGAGUACUAUCAGAAGGAU